AUCCAUUUUGUUGGUAGACGGAGACAAACUGGUGAAGGAGGUGAAUGCCGUUCCGUUGUAUCCUCGGAUUUCACAAAGGCAAAUAUUUCAGGAAAUAUUCUCUCAACUAAAAGCUACGGUUUACGGACUUAAUCUAGAGACGGCAAAGGGGCUUUUUCCAUCACAGCCUGAGGAAGUCGAUCUACGACUUCUAGAGCACCGUGCGCUGAGCUGAAUUCAUGUUCAUCUCGGUUUCACGAAAAAACAACGCUCAUUGGCACAUGAAAACCUCAGAUCCUGCUGGAAAUAGAUGUGCAGCGAGGAGUAUAUCAACUACUUUAAGGACCUGGAGCCCGGUUGGCGAAGAGAAAUUAAGAAGUAAAGAAACCUACGCACUCAACUUUUUUACAACAGCUAGGUGACAUCCAAUCAAAUCAGUAUGGGAGGUGGUGAGAGAUACAACAUUCCAGAUCGUCCAGCACCCAAGAAGAGCCAUCAGAUUGGCAGGGGGAAGCAGAGAAGUCGAGACCAGAAUGGAGUUGUGCAUUCUGCCGCCUCGGGAGCCUUAGGGGUGCCCCAUCACCGCAGGGUUGAGAGGGGCACCAACUAUUCUUGGUCUCCAGAGGCGUGGCAGGCCAUGUCUGUGGACAAGAAGAAUGCCUCUGUUCGUUUUCCCACACCGUAUGAUCAGAAUUGGGAGGGUACCCUGUCCCAGCUGAACAAACUGUUGUCAGCUCAGUGUGGUCAGAACUAUGCUGGGGCCAAGUUUAGUGAGCCCCCAUCACCAAGUGUGCUGCCCAAGCCACCGAGCCAUUGGGUGUCUCUUCCAAUGGGCGAUCACCGUGAAAUUAUGACCUUCCAGUUGAAGAGCCUUCUGAAGGUUCAGGCCUAAGAAGGUGUCCGACUGCUGCUCUUUUCAAGCCAAUCUAUGAAGAAAGCUCCGUUUUGGUCUCUUGCCCUCCCCUAGAAUGCUCCAAUGAUGUAAUACAUUUUACAGCUAUUUUUAGAUUUGUCUUAAUAAGGUGGUGAACUUUUGGCAGGCAGAUGUUUCUGCUAAUGCUACUCACCUUUUUAUUUUUGAAGAUAUCCUUUCGACUAGUUAUUACAUCAUUGAGGUCUUAAGGGGUGGUUGUGAGUUACUAUCGGAGUUUUACGCCAUGACAAAUGAUGAACUGGAUAUCCUCCUCGCAUGCUCAUUGCUCUGUUAUGCUCCUGUUUUGUUUUGUUCUUUUUUUGAUGGCUGUUUGUGACAGUCGGUGUGUUUUUCUUCUCAACCCGCCUAGAAUAGAUCUAAAAAAAAUACAUUUUCUACGUCUUCAGUUUUUGCUUGCUGAGGAUGAUUGCACACUCUCGAUUUGAGUUUUAUUCAUGUAGGGAGUGGCAGAAACCUCUUGGUGCUAAGCACAGCAGCAUUGGUAGCGUUCUAGUGCUUACUGCAUUCCCAGGUGUCUCUUUUGUUUUACUUUUUGGGAAGUAAAAGCCACCUGACUUCGUUCUGCAGGGAGACUUUAUCAAAUAGACUAUGAAGGGGAACAAGCUUAAGUGAACAUAGGUCAUAUGACUUGCCUCAAGCCUAAUGAGGUGGCACAAUGGACCUUGUGCUUUCAACACCUGUACUUUUUUAUGGCGCUGUGCGCAUUGCACUAUAGGUGUUGAAACGCACUAUGGUUCAUCAACUAUGUUGCAGCAAUUGAACUUUUAUGCAUCCCUUGUUAUAGCUUAGAAAACUAAGUGGGAUUUUUAAUGUUUACCAAAGCUUUGUAAUACGCUACUUUAUGUUGGAAUCCCCUUGCUGACCAAAUUUGGUUACAAGUGCCAUAAAUAGUUUUGGUUAAGACAUUAGGCCUAUAUCAAAGGUUUUGAUUCUUUGACAAAUCACUUCUGGAUUUAAAAUUUUCUAUCAUUUUCUUUGCUGUAUUUAGAACGAUCGCAGAGCAAUUUUGCGGAGGAGGGUUGUGGCUGCAAGACCACAGGAUGGUUUUGUUUCAUGGCCUUGUUUGCUCUGCGAUGGGUUUUGAUAAUUGACAUUUAUGAAAUGUGUGUAUAAUGAUGCGGGGGACUUGAGGCGUAAAGCGUAAGUGCAGUGUGGACGUUUACAUACAGUGUUUAAAGGAGUUAGCCCGUCAGUAAUUUACACACACUCUCCCCUUUGUUAUUUUUGCACUGCUGUUUAUGUGUUCUAAAGUUUCAGACAAUGUUGGUCUUUCAACUGUGGAAAUGUGAUUUAAGCACCCCCUUCCCACUUACUUAUGAGUGUGGUUAACUACCUCUCUUGCAGAACGUGAUCUUAAUAGCUAUCUUAAAGAUGACAAAACAAAGUUGAUGAGUUUGGAUCUGUGUAAUGGAGCCAUGUAAAUAAUGAAAUGUAUAAAAUGUUGUAGCAUAUUGUACAUUUGUGCAGGGAUAUUUGAAACCUGCUGAUAAAGUAUUUUUAGUAAUAACACUGAAUGUAUAAGUCAUGCUAAGGACGUGGCUUGUUUUCAAAUGCUGAAGAAUAUUUUGUUAAGAAAAAAGAUAAAAAAAUGCCUAUAGUGCGUCAAUACCCCUCCACUGUGCGACUGAUGCCAGUGAUCUUGCACAUUUUUUGUAUUAUGCACUAGGUAGGGGCAAAGUGAGCUCUAUGUGCAAAAUAAAAAAAAUAUAAAUAAGAUCUGACCUUUUGAAAUUGAAAGGGACUUUUAUACUUAAAUUUUUUUUCACCUUAUGGAAAUGAAAAAAUGUUUUUAUUUCACUUUACUGAAGCAUUUAUUUUGUCCUUUAAGUUAAGUAGCAGCAUACAUUUGCACCAAAGCACUGGUCUUUCCUCCGCAGACUAAUGUUUUAUGCCAAUGAUGUUGCGGCAAUUGCAGAUUACAUUUUAACCUUUCAAAAGUAAAUUAUUUUAAUGUAAUGUGUAAAAGUCCUUUUCCUAAAUUGAAUGUACCCUGAUAAAUUGGCUUUGAAUUUGUCCCAACUGAACAUGUCACUGUAAUGAAAACUGAAAGCCCAUAUAGCAAGAAUUGGUUUAAAAUUAAUAAAAAAAAGUAAUUAGGAUGUCUAAAAUGAAAAAAUAAAACCCUUCCCUCCCCCAA